CUUUUUGGUGUAAAUCUGGACUCUAAUUCUGUAAUAUAUCAAGGAAUCUCGUAAAACCGACACUAAAACGUCCCUGCCUACAAAUCAUCCGGCCAAAUUAUGAGUUCAUUGUAUUAUGCGAAUGCUUUAUUUUCUAAAUAUCCAGCCGCAAGUUCGGUUUUCGCCACCGGAGCCUUCCCCGAACAAACUUCUUGUGCGUUUGCUUCCAACCCCCAGCGCCCGGGCUAUGGAGCGGGGUCGGGCGCUUCCUUCGCCGCCUCGAUGCAGGGCUUGUACCCCGGCGGGGGGGGCAUGACAGGCCAGAGUGCAGCCGGCGUCUACGCGGCCGGCUAUGGGCUCGAGCCGAGUUCCUUCAACAUGCACUGCGCACCUUUUGAGCAGAACCUCUCCGGGGUGUGUCCCGGCGAACCCGCCAAGGCGGCGGGCGCCAAGGAGCAGAGGGACUCGGACUUGGCGGCCGAGAGUAACUUCCGGAUCUACCCCUGGAUGCGAAGCUCAGGGACCGACCGUAAACGAGGCCGCCAGACCUACACGCGCUACCAGACCUUGGAGCUGGAGAAGGAGUUUCACUACAAUCGCUACCUGACCCGGCGGCGGCGCAUCGAAAUUGCGCACGCGCUCUGCCUCACCGAAAGACAGAUCAAGAUCUGGUUCCAGAACCGGCGCAUGAAGUGGAAAAAGGAGAACAAGACCGCGGGUCCCGGGGCUGCUGGCCAGGACAAGGCCGAGGCAGAGGAGGAUGAGGAAGAGUGAGAGACAGACAAAGGGUAGAGGAAGAGAGAUGAAAAAGGGAGAGAGGGAAACGCCCAGCUCUGAGAACUGAGAACCAGGAAACUCAAAUCAAAUGGGG